UCUAUUCACAUGUUUGGUCACAGUCAGGUGGUAAAGCCUCUGGGACAGACAUGAAGGACCCACAACUCCCUGGCAUCAAAACACGGCUAUGGCCAAAGCCAAAAACGAGCAAAAAUGCCAAAGACGACUCCACAAAAGUGGAAAAGUCAGCAUCUCCCCUGGCUUCUGCUGCCACCAGUGUCAUCCCACAGCUCACUGAGGCAGAAAGAGUCAAGCAGACUCCCAUCGAAAGGGUCAUCUAUGACAUGGCACACAACGAGAGGAUAGUCAGGGACCUGAUGCUCGGUCGGCGGGUUGGGUUUUAUGAGCUCCGUGGAGAGGUCGGCCAGGGAAACUUCUCGACAGUGAAGCUGGGCAUCCAUGCCUUGACUAAAGAGAGAGUUGCCGUUAAAAUUGUUGACAAGUUGCGUCAAGACAAGAAGAGCCAGCCCUUGGCCUCCUGUGAGAUUAGCUGCAUGGAGAAGCUGAGCCACCCCAACGUAGUGCGCCUUUAUGAGGUGAUAGAGACCACCAGAAGGCUGUAUCUGGUGAUGGAGUACGGCAGCGGUGGGGACCUGUUCUCCAGAAUCACCAGCAGGGGGAAGCUGAACGACCUGGAAACGAAGCUGGUGUUUGCACAGAUCAUCUCUGCUGUGAAACACAUGCAUGACAACAACAUCGUGCACCGGGAUCUUAAAGCCGAGAACAUCUUCUACACCACCAGCUAUUGCAUCAAGGUUGGGGACUUUGGUUUCAGUACAGAAUGUGGCCCGAAUGAACUACUCACCAGUUUCUGUGGCUCCCCACCUUACGCUGCGCCUGAACUCUUCAAGCAGAAAGGCUACGUCGGGCGCUAUUCGGACAUCUGGGCUCUGGGUAUUCUCUUGUACUUCAUGGUGACAGCAACUUUACCCUUCUAUGGAGACAACCUUGGGAGGCUGAAGCGCUGCAUCCUGCAGGGGUCUUACAGCAUUCCUUCGUUUGUACCUGAUCCGUGCCAGCUCCUCAUUAAGGGCAUGCUGCGCAUUGUGCCUGUGGACCGCUCCUCCAUCACACAGAUUACAAACAGCAGUUGGCUGAAGGGGAUAGAGUAUCCUCGCCCAUAUGUCUCUUUACCCACAUCUCCAGCCCACUUCGCCCAGGCCAAUCUGACUCUGAGUAUGGAGGAGCAGGAGGUAAAGAAUUUCCUCUCAGGUUUAGGCAUUUCGAAAGUUCAUCUGGAAAACAAUCCAUGUUCAGACUGUAGAAGCCCACUGACGGGGACCUACAGGAUCCUCCUGCAUCGGGCUCAGAAGAGGAGGCUCGUGGAGGCCGUGGGAUACUCAGCGCAUCACCCUGAUGAGUAUGGGAAUCCUAGCAAAUGGUCGGAAGCAUCUGUUGGCAAACACGUUCCCUCUGCUGUCUGUGUGAUACUGUAAUAUAAAUCAACAGUAGUGGGCCUGGUGACGGAUGCCUUGUCCACACUAACCUGGAUUAUCUGCAAACCGGAGAUUUUCUUUUCCUCUGUGUCUGAGAUUUGUGUGAUCUGUGUUCAACAUGGAGGUCAGUUUUAAGUGGUGUAAUAGAGGCCCACUUUGCACAUGCCUACUCUGGCUUUUUGUGCUAUUAGCCACAACAAUAGAGCAUUUUUUUUCUGAUUCUGUUACCCUCAAACUGAACUGAAGAAGUUAUUGACUGAGAAUAAAAGGCAAACUGUGUCAAAAAAACAAAAAACAUGAGCUGCAGUUGUUAUUGGAGAAUCUGCAUUUUAGCACUGCUUUCCCAUGCUCAGGUUCUUCUUCUUUUAAAUUUAAAUGAGUGUAGUUGAUGUUGUCAUUAUUCCAGUGACUGAAAUGUUUUUAAUGGGAAGUACAGUGGCCUGGUAUUCAUGGGAGUUAGGAACCACAACUGCCUACAAUAGCUAAAAUCAGUGAAUACUUGAGACUCCCUCUAAAAAUGCUUAAAACUACCUAUUUCAAUAGUUGACACAUAUCAGAUACAACGUAAUGUACGUUAACCCACAGUAGAAACUAUUGUAGCACUAAAGCAGAAACUAAUAUCUACUGUCUUUGUUAUUUCCCCUCUUGUGGGUACAGUCAAUCAAAUGAUGCUCCUGGAUAACAACCAACAAUGCAUCAAAUAUAUGCAUCAUCUUCCAAUGCCUCAUUUUCUUUUGAAUAUUAUAGAUGUGCUCUACAAAAUCAAAACUCCAAAUAGACUGUUUUUUUUCUGCAAAUACUUUGCAGCUACGUUCCACAGAAAAUCCUCCAAUUGGUGAAUCCACAAAUAGAACGGGGCCCACCUUGAAGGAACAAAUGUUAUUUAAAAAAAUAAUAAAAAAUCCAUGUAAACAUAUCAGGGUUUUGUUACAUGUGGAUCAAAUUGACCAAUGCAUGGAGGAUGAGGUCUCCCAAGUGAUAAGCUGCAGCUUUCUGUUCUGAUUACAACAAGCUUACUGACGCAGAACAUUAUCUCUGAAUGGCUAUCAGCAUCUUCCAAUCCCUCUUAAUCAGGACAUAAACCCCCAGAGUUAUGCAAGGCCACAGGUAAUGUUAAUAGGGAAGACACAGACAACAUGCUUUUUUCCAAUUAAAUGAAAGUUGGAUGUUAACAACACAUCCAGGAAACGAGGCAGUUCAUACGAGUCGAUAAUUCAUGGAUUCAGUUUAGUGCCUGUGCAUGCAUGGCAGUAAAUACAGAACCUUCCUCACAGCUACAGACGCAUCUGGGACACAUACGUUGUUCUGUGAUUGUCCAUUUGAUACAUUUUUUUCCCAUUUGUUUUUUGUUUUAGGUAAAAAUUGAUGAAUGCUUUUUGAAAACUGAAUUGCAUUCAAUGCCACAUGUCUCCACAUGAUUAUAAUCAUGACAGAAGUGAGGGGCAUUCAUCAAAGUGGUUCGCUCUAGGAUGUAAAAUGAUUCAAUUUUAGCUUGUAAGCCUGAAGGAUCAAUAAAAACUCGAUACUUGUG